AUGUUCAAGAUCUUUUCGCAAAAGAAGAAGUCACGAUCAAACGAAGCUGUCGAGCGCGAGGCAUUCGGCCUAAAGGAGUUUUCUGCUGGGAUAAACCCGAUUAUAGACAUUGUUGCAAUUCAUGGCCUCAACGGCCACCGCGAGAGGUCCUGGACCGCCGAUAACGGCGUGAAUUGGCUCAAGGAUUUGCUGCCGGAGAAGAGCCCGAAUGCGCGUAUCUUUAGCUACGGGUACGAUUCGAGGACGCAUGGUCCGGUGUCGGAGCAGCAUCUGCAUGAUCACGGUGUGGCGUUGGUGUCGGAUCUGAGCUUGGUUAGGAGGUCGACGCAGACGGAAGGACGACCAAUAAUCUUUAUUGCACAUAGUUUAGGCGGCAUCAUCUGUAAAAGUGCCUUAAUACACGCUAGCCUGGCAAAUAAGGACCACCUCGUCGCUCAUAAAGACAUUCAUCUCUCCACGUACGGCAUCAUGUUUUUUUGGGACCCCCACCAGGGUGGAAACGACGUCCCGCUGGCCAAAUCCCUGAUUAACAUCGCAUCGUUCAACUCAAUCAGCGGCCAGUUUGAAACAAAGUUUCUGUACGAAACUUAUAUGACGCCGACCCCUGCGGGGAAAAAGUUGAUUGUACCGAAGUUCUCCGCGGUGAUACCAGGCGCAAUCAACGCCGAGGAAAUUGGGAUUAAUAGAAAUCACCGCGAGAUGGUAAAGUACCGAUCGGAAGAGGACGAAGCGUUCCGCAAGAUAUAUCUUACGAUAAAUCUUAUGAUAGCUAGUGCGUUCCCGCACACUAUCGAGAGACAGAGACAGCUACAGGAGGCCGAGCAAGAAGAAACCGACUUAAGGUAG